GUUGUUGUUCUGCACUCGCCAGGAUUGGACGUGUGUGAGUGAGUUCAUGACUCUGGCUUGAACACUACCACCAAAGUAAAAAUCUUCCCGAGACUGGAAAAAAAGAAGAGACAUCAGUUGGUGGUUUCUUAAAGUGGAGUUCGAUUCAGCUUUGCUUGGUUAUCUCAGACUUAGUAGAAAUCCUACGUCCUCCUUGUGCUUCUUCAGAGUUAACCUACACACAACACACACACACACUCACAUCGACCAAGUGACGUUCGUUUUUGGUCCUCGACAACACUUAAUUCUCUCACCUUUUGUUCUUGAUCAAAAGACAUUGACAAGAGGUCUCGACCUUUUAGCCGAGGUAAACUGUGAACUGUCAGCAGCCACAACAAGUCAAGGACCUUGGCUCUGUUCGUGAACACAUUUGUCCUCCAAUUUGUUGUGAUUAAUAUCUAUCUCCCAAAGACCCGUCAGAACAGAGUGUCGUUGCAUCGUCGUGCCUUCUCGUUUUCUUCGCUGUCAUUGGCAAGUUUCAAGACAUCUGCUCAAUGAUUCAAAGUGUUGUGACUUUGACUUCAUCUCCUGCCUGAAACCUACCCCGCCUAUUGUGAUGUCCAUGACUCAGAGUGUUUAUCUGGCUCCACCCCCGACUGGCCUCCGAGGCGAGAUGCUCGCAGCGGAUAGUACGGUGUCCGUGUCUGGAUCUGGCACGCCCCCUCCACAAAUCCCGUCGCCUUUUAUGUUGCCGCCAUCUUCUGCGGCAGCCGCAGUAGCUGCCCGGGGCCUUAUGAUGAACCCUGCCGCUUACUUGGCAGCCGGGGUUCCAUUUUUGUACGGAAAUAAUGCGCUCAGUUACGCCCGGGAAUGGCAAGCAAAGCUAAAGGAACUGCAAGACUCGUCCAAAGCCGCAGCCGCCAUCCUCUCCUCUCGUAACGGAGGCGGUCUCAAGUUUCCACCCAUCUCCUCUCCGAGCAAGGGUUUCAUGCCACAAGCACCCAUUGUGUCCAUCACACCUUCGUUCAACAGCAAGCACAAUCCCAAAAAGUCUCCCCCCAGAAAGCUAGAAUCCCCCAUCAAGAUGGACUCCAACGGAGCGUUGAACUUGGUGGCCGCUAGCAGUCCGUCACCCACGGAUUUCUCGUCAGGUGGCCCCACCACCUCCACAAUCACCGCAGCCUCGGUCAGUUUGGUGGCCUCGGCUGACACAAGUCGUCCGUCCAGUGGAGGGCGUUCCCCACCCAAUUUUGGCAACUCCCGAUCCAGCAAUUCCUCGGGUUUUGGGGUGGAACAAGCACAAUCCCAAAAAGUCUCCCCCCAGAAAGCUAGAAUCACCGCAGCCUCGGUCAGUUUGGUGGCCUCGGCUGACACAAGUCGUCCGUCCAGCGGAGGGCGUUCCCCACCCAAUUUUGGCAACUCCCGAUCCAGCAAUUCCUCGGGUUUUGGGGUGGAAGUGUGCGUGGUCUGUGGAGAUCGAGCCUCGGGUCGGCAUUAUGGUGCAAUCAGUUGCGAAGGCUGUAAAGGCUUCUUCAAGCGCUCAAUCCGAAAACAACUUGGCUAUCAAUGUCGAGGCAAUAAGGACUGUGAGGUGACCAAGCAUCAUCGGAAUCGUUGCCAAUAUUGCCGCCUUCAGAAGUGUCUAGCCAUGGGGAUGCGCAGUGAUUCACCCCGUGUUUCAGCCGUCCAAUCCGAGAGACGCCCCAAUGCGGGCGUUGCCGCUGGCUUGGCCGCUCCCGGCCGUGGAAUGGAUCCGAUCAAAGGUCCAGGAGGUGACGUGACGAGUUUGUACAACAUUUACUCGGACUCCCCUACCAUGCUUCCUAGGACACCCCUGGCACCAGAAGCUUUACUGGCCUCUAGUAAAGACCAGCUUUCGUCCAAGGACGACGAUAGUUCAGUUGAUAACCUCUCCUCCAAUGGUGAUUUGCCCUCAGCUAUGGACACAAACUCCAUGCUGGUCGCUCGGGAUAAGAAUCUAAUUUCUCGUGCCAUGGAGAAUGUGGCCAAGACCAUCGAAAACUCCGCCCAGAACGGCAAUAACAAUGAAGAUGAGGAACUCUUCGAGGUCGAAGGACCAUUGCUCACGGACGAGAUCUGCAAGUUCAAAUUGGCCACCCCCAGUCCCGCCCCCUCAUACUUGAACAUUCACUUCAUUUGUGAGACCGCAUCGCGCCUCUUGUUCCUCUCCAUUCAUUGGGCUCGCUCCAUCAAGCCAUUUUCCCGUUUAAAUUAUGACAGUCAGGUUGGCUUAGUGAGAAACACGUGGUCUGACCUAUUCAUCUUGGGACUGGCCCAAUGUUCAGAGGCCAUGAACCUGCAGAACAUCCUGACGGCCAUUGUGCGCCAUUUGCAAAGCUCUGUAGCGCAAGAGAAGCUCACCGUCCAACGUGUCCGACAGGUCACGACCACCAUUUGCAAGGUCCAAGAAUAUGUUCGCACCAUGAGACAGAUGAAUAUUGACGACCAUGAGUACGCAUAUUUGAAGACGAUCGCCCUGUUUGGCGCAGACACUCUGGGUGUGACCUCGCCCAAGCAAUGCGAGAAACUGCGAUCCAAAGCCGUUCAAGAGCUCAAGACUUAUUGCGAGGACAACGUCACUUCAGGCAAUGACAACCGAUUCGCUGACCUUCUUCUGGUUUUAGCGCCUCUCAGGUCGUUAUUACCAGACGUCUUGGAAGAGCUCUUCUUUGCGGGAUUGAUCGGAAACGUUCAAAUCGAUUCCGUGGUUCCAUACAUUCUCAAAAUGGAGACGUCCGAGUAUCAGUCGCAAUUCGGAGGUGGCGCUAAAGAAGAGACUUCUCCCGAAGACCUGGCCAAAUCGCCCGCCUCAUCGGAACCUAUGGAGGAAGAGAUCGAUCCCUCUUCCUCUUGAACUCAAUGAUCUGACAAGAACUUACAUUUUGUUCAAAUUGAGCUGAGCUAGAGUGCGACGAGCCCAUUAGUUUGUUUGCUCGCACUCGAGCACGCAACUUUCAUGUGAUAUCCUCCCUCCUCUGUCCACAGACCCUUCAACGCAUCGCAUCUUCUUUUUCGAUGAUGACAACUCCUAUUAUUAUCAUAAUUAACUGAAUGUCGACCGUGUAUCUACAUUUCACCUCAUCGAUCUGUUUAUAGAGCCGCAACAAACUCGACCUAGAGAGAAUUUGUACAUUCAAUUCUUGUUCCCACCUUAGUGUUGUCUCUGAGUCUUUGACCUCUCUGUCAUAGGUGGAGCAACCCGAAAACUACGGUUUCUUAACGAUACUACACACAAGCUAGUGUGUAGCAACUGUUUUCUAUCCUGUUCCUCCUCUACACAUUCACACAUGUUGUAAAUGCCCUGGGAUCGUCCAAAUAUUUGGCACCAUCUCCACAUAUCUGGUCUCAAGUGGGGACUGGUUGCUUGUCCGACUAUGUGCAAUAUCGAAUCUAAAGAUAAUCCUGUGGAUCAUCCGCAGUUCACACUCAACUAUUUUUGUAAUCCUGAUGAUGUUGUUGUAAUACUGCUCCUGCUACUACUAUUACUACUACUACACCUAUUGCUACUACUAUUACUACUACUACUUCUCCUUUGAUGGUCUAUUUUUUAUGGAAUAGUCUGAAAAUAAAGAACAAACUAUUCUGGUUGAAAA